UUCAUUGCUUUUGUCUUUGUUAUUGUUGCGGGUAAACUGAAAAGCCAAAACCGGCGACCGACCCGCGGCUGAGAGGGGACACACUGGGUUCUCACUUGUCAAUAAGUUCACGCGAGCACGACCGAGCCUCCCAUAGUCACCUGUUCAGUAAACGGCGUUUCUGUCAUCGCUUCUAAAUUUGGUUGAUAUCCGCUUACUUUCUAGCUUGUUCAAUUAAGUCAGUGGAAGAUUUUUAAGUCGAACUAACCUUUGUUCUUGUCUUCCAUUUUCCCAUGAGCCCUGGGGGAGCGACCGGGGACGACCGCCGCCAUCAACGUCGUCAUCUUGCGCUUCCUUUUCCACACGCGUCGGGAACGCGCCUGUCUGUCAGGGAAGACGUGACCGCGCCACCUCAUCCACACGCAGCAUCAGCACUGGGGCGCCCCAAGGAAGCGGAGCGCCCGGAGCUGCGGUGCGGCCGACACAACCUGGAGCUGAACACGCUCAAGACUGUAGAGAUGAUCGUGGACUUCAGGAGGCAUCCUUCGCCACAGCUGCCCCUCACGUUGUCCAGCCGCCUUGUGUCAACCGUCGAGACCUUCAAGUUCCUGGGAAUUACAAUCUCCCAGGACCUGAAGUGGGCGACCAACAUCAACUCCGUCCUCAAAAAGGCCCAGCAGAGGAUGUACUUCCUGCGGCUUCCGAGAAAGCACGGCCUGCCACCGGAGCUGCUGAGACAGUUCUACACAGCGGUCGUCGAAUCGGUCCUGUGUUCUUCCAUCACGGUCUGGUUUGGCGCUGCUACAAAAAAGGACAAACUCCGACUGCAGCGGACAAUCAAAACUGCUGAAAGGAUUGUCGGCACCCCCCUACCCACCCUUGAGGACUUGCACGCUGCCAGAACUAAGACAAGGGCGUGCAAAAUCCUCUCGGACCCUGCGCACCCCGGUCACCAGCUCUUCCAGCUCCUUCCCUCAGGAUGGAUUCAAAUUUUCGAAAAUUCCUUCAAGAGCAAAGAAGAUCGAUUGCUACGCUGUCCAUGCAAUGACAGAUCAGCAGCUGACAGAAUUGGAGAGCGAAUUGCAAUACGUCAGUACUGCAGAAGAGAAGUGGCUGUGUUUGAAGGAACCAACACAACCAUAUCCAAAGCAACUGAAUCUUUGAUUUCAAGAAUUCAACAAAAGCGGGGAUCCACCAAUGGCCUUACAGAUGAGCGUGUGAAAAAACUUUCUGGCAACGCAAUUAUCAAAUGGGCCAAUUUGAAGAGUAUCAGGGCAGAUUUGUGCAGGUGAGACAGAGAAGAGGGGGAGGCACAAGACAUUUAAUACAACAAUGUCACAAUGAAUAGAAAUAGGCAAAACACUAUUUUUUCCGGAUGGAAAAUCCAAACUAGGCGGGGAAAGUGAUUUCGAAUUUACAAUGCGAGACUUCACCGAAGAAAUGCUUGAGCCACAAACAACUUUAGGUGAGCAGUAUGAAAAGCGAAAGGUGAAAAAAACAUUCCGACUUUAUUUGUCAUGCAAAAAGGUCUCUUCUAAUAAUGACCGUGGAAAUGUUCUUCAUGAACCUGCAUGACGCCUGUUCUGAGAGUUGGACUGCGUUGGAGGGAACAGCUAAUGUGCUUACCUUGGACAGCGGAAUUGUGGGAGCGGUAGGUGGACUCUUAACAGAGAACGAAAUCGGUGAUGAAGAAGUUAUCAUUGUUGACACGGAUGCUGUCUUCAGACAUACCUUUGCUGAUUAUGCCACUUAUGAUGUUGAUGCGUUUCGAAUAUCUGAAAAAAAAAUCAUCAGGAGUUGCAAUGAACGGCAGCUGAGGAAACUGUACAGGUAAUAUUUUCAUCUUUUCAAUUCAUUAUAGUUCUGUAAUUGGUUUUGACUCCUUAAAUAUAUUCAAUAUUGUUGACCUGAAUUACCAAGGAGGAUAAUGUUUUCGCUGGCAUUUGUCAGUUGGUCUGUAUGCAAAUCACCUCAAAGUACAACAUGGAUUUCAGACAAAGUGGGUAUUAUGAUGAGGAACAAGUGAUUAUAUUUGUGUAUGCAUCCAGAUAUUUAUGCUUCAAGUGUCAACCUUUUUCUGAACAUGCCUGAUUCCUCAAGAUGUACUCUUGGUGUGAUGGACACACGACAUCUACUGGCCAGUGAGGAUACUGUGUCAAACUGAUAUUUAAUAUGAAUUCAUAUUUCAUAUUGAAUUUGCCUCUAUAGUGGCAAAGGUAAUAUAUUAGUUUAUAUGUGCCAAUAGUUGACUUUGGAAGUCUUGAAAUGGCAUGUUAAAGGCCCUUUAAAAACUUUGUUUUAGUGUGGGUCUAUGCACAUAUGGUCAAUUGAUGGAUACAGAAUGAGCAAAACCAACAAUGAGAGAGCAUGAAUCGAAAGUGACAGCCACAUGGGUUCUCGGGUGUGGAGUGUUUGGUGUAUGUGGUGUGGAACUAAUAUCUUUUUUUUUUUCAUUGUAACACAACAUCUUUGUUCCCCUAUCUAUCUGAAGGAUAGCAAGUUAAGCCAGCUUUUAGCUGUAUUUUAAUUUAAAUAGUUAAAAACCUUUGAUAAACCCAGAUACUGUUGCAUUUGAUGGACAGUUCGGUAGCUACCUUGUCCAGAAUGUGUUUUGGGGUCUUUUAUAAUGUACUGUGGUAUGAUCAGAUAAUUAUUUUUGGCUGAUGAUGCACUUUUAUGUGGUACAUUGUGAUAUACACUUGCGCUGAAAGUUGGGUCAAACACCUCUAUUCAUACCAGCCAGAGUGUCUACUUGUUUACACGGAGUUGACAUUGUUUACAUUACAUUUGCACAUUGUUUUUGACAAAAGAAGCCCUUUUGGUGUGGUUACACACAACUUUAACUGGUAUUGUCAUGCAAGUUUGAAGUACUUAUUUUUUUUUUUCUCCUUUUAUAAAACCGUUCUACUGCUCUUACUGCAAGUUGUACUGUGCAUAUUUUCAUAAAGCAGGUUUCAGGGUAAUAGUGUCGAUCGCACUACCAUGGUGCCUUGUUAUACACUGAUUGUAUAAAAAUAAAGUCCGCAAAUGUUCCAAUCUGAAAAAAUGUUUCUGUGUGGAGACAGCCAAAUGUAGAUAUUGUCUACAGUCUACAGGUUUAAGGUCGUCACCUUGUUACUGCCCGAUUUGCCAACGUCCAUUCGCGUAAACUUGAUCGCCUCGUUUCAUUGGUCAUUGCGCUAUCCUCCCAGAAAUGUGCAGUAUACUGAGGAUAUACCUAAGGAUCAAAAUACAGUUCGUACUCAAGCUGGUUUAGCUACCUGAACCAGUAGAAGACAGUUGGUUUUAUUCUUCAAACUUCUUUUCAUUACCACACACAUUUAUAGCAACAGACUUAAAUGUUCACAAUUAGUGAUUGUGACAUGUUGUCUGAAUUACUCACUGCAUGCCUGAUGGAGGUUUAUAGCUACAUAUUUUGAUCACAAAAAUCAGCAAUUUGGGUGGCAAUAUCAAGGCGAAUACACGUAAUAAUGAUGUCAUAGAAUAUAUACAAUGAAAAGUAUGGCGUGAAAUGAACUGCAACAACAAAACAUUUCAUAAACCCAUAUAUGUCCAUGGCCAUAUAUCCAUCGACUGGGACUUGAAGGUUGUUCUGCGCCAUUAUAUGUGUACAGAGAGUGAACACAUCAGCAUCACAAGCAACAUCAUUGCGGUGGAUGCAGUCACCUUCACACCUCAUAAAGUCCUCCUCACCAACUUGCCACAAAGGGUCCCGGGUGCCACACAGCUCAGGUGCCAUGAACAUUGCAUGAGGCCGAGCAUGAGGCACCCGCUCGUGCUUGGAUGGACGAAUCAGAUGGCUGUUCCACACUUCCUUGGUGGAAUCCAACUCAUCCUACAGGGGUUACAAAAAGAAGUGUCAUAACAAAUGGGUUAACGGAACAAUAUACCAUAAAAACGUCAAAUUGACACCUUUUAUGAAAGGAGCAUCUCAUUGAAGUGUACAAUCGCACCUCUACUAAUGUGGAUGGAUGCCUUCUGUAAUCUUGUGGCAAAGUGAGAGUGAAGGAAAAAAACUCACAGCAGUUUCAACAUCUUUCAUAAAAACUUCACUGAGGUCAAACCAGCUUCCGUGUCCAUAUUGAGGUCAACUUGUACAUUUUUAUAAGUAUACCGUAAUCAUAGUUGAAACAAUGACCGUUAGAGCACGACCAUAUUUGUGGCUAGACAUAAUCCUCUUUGUAAUAACAACCUAUUUUAAAAAGUAGCAUGUAUUUACUUUCCAGUCAGCAGAGACUUGCAUAGCCAUCAGAUCCCGACCAGUAGAGUAAUGUCUGACAUCUUAACAGUUCACCACUGACAACAGGGGUGUGUUGACUUUUUAUAUCCUUUGUAACCUCUCCUUACCUCUUUUUUAAUAGUUGUGAUAUUGACUGUCUUUACUGUAUUAACAGAAAUAAAAAUGUCCUGUAAAUUAAAUACAUACAUACCCGUGCAUCCGUUUUCUGUACCGCUUCUCCUCA